AUUUGUGCCUCAUCGGUUUUAAAAGAUCAACUAAGAUCAACGUUUUUCGGCCUUUGUUAUAACUCGAUAUAAACAUACACGUAAGAAAAAAGUGUUUUGUCACACGGAAAUAAAUACCGAUAGCUCUUAACGAGUAAGUAAUCGUCAUAAGUACGUGUGUCGGGAUCCUUGUUUGCCGUGCAUGUUCCCGCCUAACGGUUGAUAAAAGAAUUAUUUAGAUAGUGCAGCUGAGUCACCGACUAACGACUGUAAAUUCGAGCAAGAGAAUACAACGUCAGGAUGAAUGAAGCUACAUUGCCUCCUUCGCCAAAUUGGUAUUUGAGCAAUAUCCUUGCUUGCUCCAGACGUGGAACUGUGGCAUGGGGCGCAAGAAACUUUGUUGUCAUUGCCAGACCGAAAGAAGACAAUGUUAUGCAGUAUUCUAUAAUCAAGGAUUAUUUUAAAGACAAAGUAACUGCAUUAGCAUUUUGUCCUAAGCUUGAUGAUCCAGACAGUCCAGAGCUGUUAAUCUGUGGCGGUGAUGAUACCAAAGCUAGGGUUUGGAAUGUGGAUACGUUGGAGUUGAUAGCGGAAUUCGCUUUUGUCGAUGGAAGCAAACUGAUUGUGGGAGUUGACUGGUCAGCCAAAGAUGAUAAUCUUGCAUGUGCAGUGAAUUUGGAGGGUUGUUUAAUGUACUGUAAUAUACAGUAUAAGACUUCGAAAAUAGUAUCUCUAGGCAAGCUGACCGCUACAUGUGUAGCUUGUUGUCCUCAUGACUCUAGUCUUGUAGCGAUAGGUACUAAAAGCGGACUAGUUUAUAUUGUUCAAAAAGAUACAAUAUUGUAUAGAAUGAGAGGACACAACGAGGACAUAGUUAGUUUAUCUUGGUGUCCUUCAGACAUGAAUGUUUUAAAUGGAAGAAAUAGGAGAGAUUUACUUUUAGCUUCUGGUGCAAAAGAUAGAUCUGUAUUCAUUUGGAGAGCCGGUAGAGAUGGUAGAUAUGAGACUGUACUAAAUGUACCAAAUACGCCUAUCAUGGCUGUUUCGCAUAAAAGCAAGCUCAGCACUGCAGGUGGAACCUGGAUUGCGGUAUGUUGGGCAGAGCCCAAUUUGCUUCUGACUAGCUCCCUUUGGGGCGAACUUCUUUCUUGGAAACUUUCAAUGGACGAAGAGAAGCCUAAGUGUAAAUUGUUCCAUACAUUCCAUAGUAGAGGAUUAUUUUCGAUAGCUGUUGCACCCAAAUAUGAUACAAUAUCUGAUGAUUUAAAAACAAAUUCCGAGCUCAGGGUCUGGUCUUUAGCACAAGAUCGCUGGGUUAUAUGUUGCAAAUCUAACAGCGAUCCUACGAAAUCGGCGAUCCUGGAGCACAAGAUUCCUACACAAGGAGGAUUCGUCUACUGUAUGAACGCUUGUCCUAUUGAUACCUCACGCAUUGCAUUUGGCGUAGGAGAUGCGAUGCUGCGUCUAUGGAACUUAUCUGAACCACACACAACGACUUUCGACAUUGUUAUGCACUGGCAGAAGAUAAAGGGAAAAAUAAGAGUGGUAUCGUGGUUCCCGGAAGACGAAUCUACCGUUGCUUUUGGUACUGGAGAGGGUCGUGUUGGCAUGUUUGAUGCAAUUGGAACCAACAAACAACCUAUAUUAUAUCGGCAAUAUCACCGAAAUACCAUUUACAAACUCGAAUGGGCUCAACUUAAAUCAGAAUAUUUUUUGUUCUCUUGUGCAGAAGGAGAAUUAGUAGCUUACAAAAAAUCCGCACCGAGUGAUGAACCUAUGUCUAUAAUAAAGGAAGGAUGUUUGGAAUUUUCAUGGAAAUCCAAUAUAUGUUUAGCAGUUGCAUUAGAAAAUGGGUCAAUUACGUUCUACGAUCAGAAGCUGAGAAAACGCGGCAAUUCAAUACACAUUUUAAGAAAUGUGGUGAAUUGUUUGGCAUGGCAUCCCGAAAGUACAAUGGCAGAUAAAUGGAUGUCACCGAUUGCCAACUAUUUGGCAGUUGCAUCUGAUUCGUGUAGUAUAAUGAUUUUUGAUAUGUCCAAGCUGAUAAAGGAAUUGGAAGCGACAGGUACCGAGGACAUCAUAGAAAACGAUCAGGAUUGCACGAUGCACAAGAUAGUAGCAACAUUAAACGGACACUCCGAUAAAGUGGUGUGCUUAGCUUGGAGUCCGCAUUUCAGUGGGCAUUUAGUGUCUGGUAGCUACGAUAAUAUCGCACAGGUGUGGAACGUCGAAAAACAGGAGUUGAUGGGCACAUACAUGGGUCAUGAUGGACCUGUGCUAUGCUGUAUGUGGAGUCCUCUCAAACCACAGUUAAUAAUGACCGGCUCGUCGGACUUUACGCUACACAUAUGGAAUUAUACUUUAUCAGCGCAAUCACCGAAGCAACCUUCUGACAUUAAAGCUUCAAAGAAAAAACAAAAACAACAGAAGAAGUCGAAAAAUAAAACGGAUGAUCAUGAAAAUAAUUCGACCACAUCAACGAAUCUUGUUAAUCUAUCAUCUACUGAAGUAACCGCAAAAUUUCAAGCAUCACAAUCGAAAAAGAAAGAUAGAAAAUCAUACUUUAAUAAAUAUAACAAAUUAAUAAAUGACAAAUCUCAAAUUUUGAAUUUCAUCAAGCAUGAUAUAAAAAGUAACCAAACCGAAGAAGAUGACACUUCUACAAACUUGUCAUUGUUUUGCGAAAAAAAAGAUGAUUUUUUGGCUCUUAUUUCUAAUGAAAAGUUAACACAUGACAAUUCAGAUAUUGUUACUGAGUUGAAUAUGUGGUGUGAUGAUUUGGAAAGCAAUCUAAUUUGUGCAGCCAGGGAUCAACAAUUAAAUGACUUUUUAAUAUCGCUUGCACCUAAUGUUUCCUUGAAAAUGUGGAGAGAAAUGUGCGAAGCGUAUGCGCAUCAAUUGAUACUGCAACACAAUCCAGAAAAAGCGGUGUCAUAUUUACUAGCUAUACAUAAAAUUCACGCAGCCAUAGAAGUAUUUAUAAAUGCUAAGAUGUUUAAGGAGGCUUAUGCACUCGCGAGAUGUAAAUUGGAUGAUGACGAUAUGUUUCUAAAUAAAAUAUUAGAAUCCUGGGCUGAAUGGGCCACUUUUAAAGGUCAUCUGGAGCAGGCAGCUCAUUGUCACGUAAAAUUAGGAUCCUUUGACAAGGCAGCAAAGGUUCUUUCUCGUCGAAAAGACUUAUAUUGUUUGGAGAUAGCAUCAGAAUUAGCGUUUUUAAGCGGUGAUGAGGGAUUUGGUACGUCCUUGGUUGUAGACGCAAUGACGCGCGCCCUUAUGAAGUCAGACUGGCCGAAAGCACGUUCCCUUAUCACUGACAUCCGACAAGUUCAGUAUCUAAACGUACACAUAGAUGCUCAUGAGACAAUCAUGAGUACAUUCUUAGAACAGACUGAGUUCGAUAUGAUGAAGAUGUGGUUGGAAGGAAAGGAAAAUAAUGGUAUGCUACAAACUCUUGAGGAAAAAUAUGGUACUUGUUACUACGGUCUCUUACGAAAGAAGAAUGAUACCAAUAUUGUUCUGAGAAAUGUAACAAACGAUAAAGUGAUGCAAAUAAAUAUUAGUUAUCAAAUUGCCAUGGCAGCCAUGUCCGAUGUAAAAGAGAUCCGAUUGAAACAUUUAACAACGGCAUUAGGUAACGUGUUUGAAUUUGAAAAUAGAGCAUCGAAAUACGGAACAGUGAUAAAAGAAGGAUUCUUCACGCAUGUUCUCACGAAACUGGAUACUAAAAAACGAACGGACGAGGACAGCAUUUAUGCAAAAAGCGAUUAUCCUGUAUCGCAGAGCAUACGCGCUUAUUUAUGUAUCGGUAUUCUGAAUUGGUUAUUGAAAUAUUUAGAAAAGCUAUCGGUUGAAGAAGAGCUGCAGUUUACGCAGUUGGUAUUAGAUUUGCUAGAAGAUGCCAUAAACGAGACAAACGUAUCUCAUCAGAAUAAGAUUUCUAAAUAUAAUCAAUUGGAGGACCAACUUAUGGCUCUUGCCAUAAGUCGUGAGGUGGAGACAAAAGAUAAGAUCGAAAAUGAUGAUGAAUAUAGGAAUAUUGAGGAAGAAGCAGAGAAGCUCAAACUCAAUAUAAAUAAAUUCAAUGAAGAUCGAGUUUACAUACCGGAUCCUAACAUCGUUCUUCAGAAAUCUUGUUUUUUACUUGCUAAGAAAUUGAGAGAUAGUACCAAAAAACAACUUUCACAAUUUUUAGAUAAAUUUGAAGAGAUAAAAACGUUUGAAUCAGAAGAAAAUUUGCAAUCGGAAAAUAUCUCAGUAUGAGUAUAUCUCAUUAAAUAA